AUGAAGCCUGGGGAGCUACAGCGUGUGAUGUCUGAUAAGUUGGCUGUCGUACCGGCUACCAAACGCACACCGCCUCCACCUCAACAAGAAGUCAAGCAACACGAGUUGACGCUUAAUGGGAUAACAUAUAGAUCGGUUAAUAACCAUACUAUUAUCUAUUCUAUCCAGAAAGUCAACACCCGUAAACACCUAGCUUUGAUUGAUAGAGGUGCCAAUGGCGGCAUUGCUGGAGAUGAUGCUCGCAUCAUCCACAAAUCCAAUUGUACUGUUGACGUACAAGGCAUUGACAAUCACCAAGUGACUGAUAUUCCUAUCGUCACUUUGGCUGGAUUAAUCCACACCCAACGUGGACCUGCCAUUGCCAUCAUGCACCAACAAGCCUACAUUGGAAAGGGUCAGUCCAUUCUGUCUAGUGGACAAAUGGAACACUUCAAGAUCGUCGUGGACGACAAGUCUACCAAAGUUGGUGGUCAACAACGCUUGACAACACCAGAUGGCUUUGUCUUACCACUUGACAUCAGGAAUGGCCUUCCAUACCUACAAAUGCGACCACCAACAGAUCGAGAACUGAGUAAUCCUGACAUUCCACAUGUCGUACUCACCUCUGACACUGAUUGGGAUCCAAGUGUACUGGAUCAUUCGAUUGAGGAUAUGGAAGAAUGGGCAAAGUCCGUCCCUGACUACGACUCUGAGGAUGAAGAACGUCCGUUUGAUCUUGUAGGAGUCCUUAAGAAUAAUAAGGCUGUUACUUCUUUCAAGGAGUCUAAACUAGAUGAAACUAUUGAUUAUUUUGAGAAUUUCAAUUGUGUUCUUCCGACUGAUGGACUAUACAAGCAGCACCACCGAGCAUGUGAAGACCUUACAUGGUUUGAAUGCAACAUGGCUGAUCUAUUUGGCUUUGGUGCAGCACCAGAAGAUUCACCCAUCCCUGAGUGUUUCGAGGUCUAUGAGGCUUGUAAGCGUCCUUCAGUGCUGUUUGACCCAGGACAACCAGUCAACUACGAUAUCGAAUCAGCUCCUUUGGAAGCCAAUUCUUUCAAGGACCUCAUACUCGAUUCGGACAAGCCGACCCUGAGGCGCAGCCCACGCCAUAAGGCUAGGAAGACACCUCAUGGGGAGUCAGGUCGUCCUCCACCGCCAAGAGUACAUUUCGAUGAUACUCUGACUGACGCACCACCGGUCUAUGCCACGGCAGGCCCUAAGACUAAGAAGCGUCAACGCAAUUGGGAAAAGCUACGGCAAUACUUUGCGUGGCUGCCUAAACUAGUGAUUCAGAAAACUUUUGACUGUACUACUCAGUUUGCUAGAAUUCCAAUGAGUGCUCACUUGCAGCGACACUUUCGUUUGCCUUUUCCAGCGCUCAAUGUUCAACGUCGUGACAAACCCGUCGCUACUGAUACCGUAUUUGCGGAUACGCCUGACAUUGAACAUGGUCACAUCGCCGCACAAUUCUUUGUCGGUACGCGAUCACUUGUGAGCGACCUCUAUGGUGUCUCCACCGAUGGACAAUUUCUGCAGACACUGCAAGAUAACGUCCGCAAGCGAGGUGCUCCUACCAAACUUGUGAGUGAUCGUGCACGAGCCCAAACGUCAAAGGCUGUACAAGACUACUUACGAUGGUUGUUCAUUGAUGAUUGGCAAAGUGAGCUACACCGACAGAAGCAAAACCCAGCCGAACGACGCUACCAAGAUAUCAAACGACUCGCUAAUAGAGUAAUCGAUAGAACAGGUGCCCCACCUAGUCUAUGGCUUUAG